AUGACCGACCAUCAGCGAGAUGUGUCGCAGUACAAAUACUCGGCCAUGUCCAACCUGGUUCUCCAGGCGGACCGUCGGUUUGUUACAAGACGAACCGAUGAGGCCACGGGCGACCCAGAAUCACUGGCCGGCCGAUUAUCCAUCCGCGAUAUGGGAUCGCGGAACUUGAGGGAUGUGGUUCCGAAACAAAAGAAGACGGCCAUGCCUGAUGUCGAGCGAGGAAGUUUCAGGGAUGGCGAAGAUAUCCUACAACGCGAGCAGAGGAAACGGCAGGGCCAAGCCGCCCCUAGAGGGGCAGGUAUUCUCGCGGGCGCUGACCUUCUCGUGGAGGGGCUCCGCUAUCGGCCGCGUACACAAGCAACACGAGCGACAUUCGAGCUAAUAUUGUCAAUUGUCGCGAGGAGUCUGGGCGAUGUACCCCAUGAAGUUGUCCGCAGUGCCGCGGACGCCGCCCUCGAAUACCUGAAGGACGAUGACCUCAAGGAUUUCGACAAGAAGAAGGAGAUAGACGAUAUCCUGGGCGUCAGCAUGUCCCCCAAGGAGUUCAACGAACUUGUCAACCUUGGCAAGAAGAUCACCGACUACGACGCGCAAGACGACGACGAGGAGAUGGGCGAUGCGGGCAAAGACGACGAGGAGAUUGACGACCGCCAGGGUGUUGCCGUCGAUUUCGAGGAAGACGACGAUGACGGUGAAGGGUUCGUGGACGAGGUGCGCGACGAAUCCUCUGAAGAUGAGGACGCGGACGAGGAGGAUCGCCCCGAAGUAGAGGAAGAUGCUGCCGCAGGAGGCGCAGGUGAAGAUCGGUCUGAUGAAACUGCGGGCUUGAUCGAUGGAGAAGCGAUGAUAAUCGAUUCGGCACCGGCUGCCAGCAAGCGACAAGAGAAGACCCAGAACGAGAAUUUCGUCUCGGCGCGUGAUAUUGAUGCGUACUGGCUACAGCGUCAAAUCGGACGACUCUAUCCCGACGCCCACAUCCAACAUGACAAGACACAUCAAGCUCUGCGAAUUCUGUCCGGCGAACCCGAUGAAGAAGGUGGCGAAGAGAAACAACUUCGCGAGAUCGAGAAUGACCUGAUGGAACUGUUCGAUUAUGAGCACCACGAAGUUGUGCAGCAGCUCAUGGAGAACCGAGAGAAGGUAGUUUGGCUUACGAAGCUGGCCCGCGCCGAGCACAAGGAAGAGCGAGAGUCAAUCCAGCGCGAGAUGGUCUCCGAAGGUCUGCGAUGGAUCUUGGACGAGUUGCAAGGCAAGACAGUCGAUGCCAGCGGCAAGGGCAAGAUGGAAAUCAAGAUGGACGUCGAUGGGCCGGCAUUCGCAGAGGGGGCGCCCGCAAAAGCUGAGCGCGCUGAAGGCCAACUGGUCGGCGGACUGCAGCCUCGGAAGCUCAUCAAUCUGGAGAACCUCAUUUUCGAUCAAGGCAACCACCUCAUGACCAAUCCGAAAGUGAGACUGCCUGAAGGCUCGACGAAGCGCACUUUCAAGGGAUAUGAGGAGAUCCACGUCCCGCCUCCGAAGAAGCGCAACGAUCCGAGCGACGUCAAUGUUCCUAUCACCGACAUGCCGGAGUGGGCGAGAAUUCCAUUCAGUACCACCAAAUCGCUGAACAAAAUCCAGUCGCAAUGCUAUCCUUCCGCAUUCAAUGACGACGGCAACAUGCUCGUCUGUGCCCCGACUGGCAGUGGCAAGACCAACGUCUCAAUGUUGACCAUUCUUCGGGAGAUUGGGAAGAACAGGGACCCCGAGACUGGAGAGAUCGACCUGGAUGCUUUCAAGAUCGUCUACAUCGCGCCACUCAAAGCACUUGUACAAGAGCAAGUCGGGAACUUUGGCAAACGUCUAGAACCGUACGGGAUCAAGGUCUCUGAGUUGACUGGCGACCGGCAGCUCACCAAGCAGCAGAUCUCAGAGACACAGAUCAUCGUUACCACUCCCGAGAAGUGGGAUGUCAUCACAAGAAAGGCGACUGACAUUUCCUAUACCAACCUUGUGCGUCUCAUCAUCAUUGACGAGAUUCAUUUGCUUCACGAUGACCGUGGCCCUGUGCUUGAAAGCAUCGUCAGCCGAACUAUCAGGAAGACGGAGCAGACCGGUGAGCCUGUCCGGCUUGUUGGUCUAUCCGCAACACUGCCAAACUAUCGCGAUGUCGCAAGCUUCCUACGGGUAGAUCCUAAUAAUGGGCUGUACCACUUUGAUGGUACCUUCCGCCCCUGUCCUCUUCGCCAGGAGUUCAUUGGUGUCACCGACAAGCGGGCCAUCAAGCAGCUCAAGACUAUGAACGAUAUUACGUACACCAAAGUGCUCGAGCAUGUUGGCAAGAACAGGAAUCAGAUGUUGAUCUUCGUUCACUCCAGAAAGGAGACGGCCAAGACUGCCCGAUACGUCCGGGACAAGGCUCUCGAGAUGGAGACCAUCAAUCAGAUCCUGAAGCAUGAUGCUGGCAGCCGCGAGGUUCUCAAGGAGGCUGCUGAUCAGGCGACGGACAAGGAACUCAAAGACCUCUUGCCAUAUGGUUUCGGAAUCCAUCAUGCUGGUAUGAGCCGAGCCGACCGUACGGAUGUCGAAGAACUGUUCGCACAAGGCGCUAUCCAAGUCCUCUGCUGCACAGCAACUCUAGCUUGGGGUGUCAACCUUCCUGCGCACACGGUAAUCAUCAAGGGCACUCAAGUUUACUCUCCCGAGAAGGGUAGCUGGGUCGAGCUCAGCCCUCAAGACGUGUUGCAAAUGCUUGGUCGUGCCGGACGGCCUCAGUUCGAUACAUAUGGUGAAGGCAUCAUCAUCACAACCCAGGGAGAGAUACAGUACUACCUCUCCUUGUUGAAUCAGCAACUACCGAUUGAGAGUCAAUUCGUCAGUCGCCUAGUGGACAACUUGAACGCAGAGGUUGUCCUCGGCAAUGUUCGCUCCCGGGACGAAGGUGUCGAGUGGCUAGGUUACACGUAUUUGUUUGUUCGAAUGCUUCGCUCACCUGGUCUGUACCAGGUUGGCGCCGAGUAUGAGGACGAUGAAGCUCUUGAACAGAAGCGUGUCGACUUGAUUCAUUCCGCCGCCAUGGUUCUGAGAAAGACAAACCUUGUCAAGUAUGACGAGAAAACUGGCAAGCUUCAGGCCACCGAGCUCGGUCGUAUUGCAUCGCACUACUACAUCACGCAUGGCUCGAUGGACACCUACAAUAACCUCAUCCAGCCAUCGAUUACGACCAUCGAGCUGUUCCGCGUGUUCUCAUUGAGCGCGGAGUUUAAGUAUAUCCCAGUGCGACAAGAGGAGAAGCUUGAGCUUGCCAAGCUUCUCGGUAGGGUCCCUAUCCCGGUCAAGGAGAGUAUCGAGGAGCCACAUGCAAAGAUCAAUGUCCUUCUGCAGGCAUAUAUCUCACGUCUGAAGCUCGAGGGACUGGCGCUGAUGGCCGAUAUGGUCUACGUCACCCAAUCUGCGGGUCGUAUUCUUCGGGCAGUGUUUGAGAUCGCGCUCAAGAAGGGCUGGGCGUCAGUUGCCAAGACCGCCCUCGAUCUCUGUAAAAUGGCCGAGAAGCGCAUGUGGCCAACCAUGUCGCCAUUGCGACAGUUUCCUACGUGCCCUCGCGAGAUCAUUCAAAAGUCUGAGCGAAUCGAUGUGCCUUGGUCUAGCUACUUUGACCUCGACCCGCCUCGAAUGGGGGAGCUGUUGGGCAUGCCUAAAGCCGGCAAGACAGUGUGCAGCCUAGUGGCGAAAUUCCCCCGUGUCGAGAUUCAAGCGCAGGUCCAGCCCAUGACAAGGUCAAUGCUUCGUGUUGAGCUCACCGUCACGCCCAAUUUCGAAUGGGAUGAUGAGGUUCAUGGCAUUGCUGAGAGCUUCUGGGUGGUGGUCGAGGAUUCUGACGGCGAGGAGAUUCUCUUCCACGACCAGUUCAUCCUGCGCAAGGACUACGCCAAUUCCGAGUCCAAUGAGCACCUGGUUGAGUUCACCGUUCCCAUUACGGACCCUAUGCCUCCCAAUUACUUCAUCUCAGUAAUAUCAGAUCGAUGGAUGCACUCGGAGACUCGCCUGGCCGUCUCUUUUCAAAAGCUUCUACUCCCGGACAAGUUCCCCCCUCACACAGAGCUUCUCGACCUUCAGCCUCUGCCCGUGUCCGCUCUGAAGGCCAAGGACUAUAUUGCCCUCUUUCCUGAGUGGCAGCAUUUCAACAAGAUCCAGACACAGACUUUCAACUCGCUGUAUACCACCGACCAGAACGUAUUUGUCGGUGCUCCGACUGGCAGCGGGAAGACCGUGUGCGCUGAGUUUGCCUUGUUGCGACACUGGGCACAAAAGGAGCCAGGCCGCGCCGUGUACAUCGCUCCGUUUCAGGAACUAGUCGAUGCUCGCUUCCAGCAUUGGCAGAAGAGGUUCUCCGAGCUGAGAGGCGGCAAGGAUAUCGUCAAGCUCACUGGAGAAACCGCGACGGAUCUCAAGCUGCUAGAGCAGGGUGACCUGGUGCUGGCCACCCCGACACAAUGGGAUGUGCUCUCUAGGCAAUGGAAGAGACGCAAGAAUGUCCAGACUGUCGAGCUCUUUAUCGCCGAUGAGAUGCACAUGCUAGGCGGCCAGCAAGGGCACAUUUAUGAGAUCAUUGUCUCGCGCAUGCACUCCAUCCGGUCCGCAACAGAGCUCCCAAUGCGAAUCAUUGGGCUGAGUGUGCCUCUGGCUAACGCUCGCGACAUGGGAGAAUGGAUCGACGCAAAGAAACAUGAGAUCUACAACUUCAGCCCCCACGUUCGUCCGGUACCUCUUGAGCUGCAUAUUCAGUCCUACACGAUCCCGCACUUCCCGUCGCUCAUGCUUGCUAUGGCAAAGCCAACAUACCUUGCCAUUACGCAGAUGUCGGCCAAUCAGCCAGCUCUGAUUUUCGUGCCGAGCAGAAAGCAGACUCGAGCCACCGCCCGCGACCUCCUUACAGCCUGCUUAGCAGACGAUGACGAAGAUCGCUUCCUCCACGUCGAGGUGGAGCAGAUGAAGCCUCUUCUCGAGAAAGUCCAGGAGGACGCCCUGAAAGAGUCCCUCUCUCAUGGUGUCGGUUACUACCACGAAGCACUCAGCCUGACGGAUAGGCGCAUUGUUAAGCACCUGUACGACAAUGGUGCGAUCCAGGUCCUGAUUGCUUCUCGCGAUGUCUGCUGGGAGCUCGACUGCACUGCCCACCUCGUUGUGGUGAUGGGCACCCAAUACUUUGAAGGGCGCGAGCAUCGCUAUGUCGACUACCCUCUUAGCGAAGUACUUCAGAUAUUUGGUAAAGCCCUUCGCCCCUCAAAGGACGGACGGGGGCGUGGUGUGCUCAUGCUGCCUGCUGUUAAGCGGGAGUAUUACAAGAAGUUUAUGAAUGAGGCUCUCCCUGUUGAGUCUCACCUGCAUAAUUACCUCCACGAUGCCUUUGUCACAGAGAUCAGCACCAGGAUGAUUGAGUCUGGCGAGGAUGCUCUGAACUGGACGACCUUCACGUACUUCUACCGCCGACUCCUUGCCAACCCAAGCUACUACAGCUUGCCUGACCGGUCCGACGAGAGUCUGAGCAAGUACCUGUCGGACAUGGUUGAAGACACACUGACGGAGCUCGGAGAAGCGAAGAUUAUCGAGUUCGAUGAGGAGGAUGGCAGCGUUGCGCCACAGAACGCUGCCAUGAUUGCCGCGUACUAUAACAUCUCUUACAUCACGAUGCAGACCUUCCUCCUCUCGCUCAGCGCCCGCACGAAGCUCAAGGGCAUCCUCGAGAUUGCUACCUCGGCCACCGAAUUCGAAUCGAUUCAGAUUCGCCGCCACGAGGAGGGUCUUCUUCGCCGCAUCUACGACAGAGUGCCUGUGAAGAUGGCCCAGCCUGUCUACGACUCGCCCCACUUCAAGGCUUUUGUGCUCCUCCAGGCUCAUUUCUCGAGGAUGCAGCUGCCUAUUGAUCUGGCAAAGGAUCAAGAAAUCAUUCUGUCCAAGAUCUUGAGCCUUCUCAGUGCUACGGUCGACAUUCUGUCCUCCGAUGGCCACCUGAACGCUAUGAAUGCCAUGGAGAUGUCGCAGAUGGUUGUCCAGGCCAUGUGGGAUCGCGAUAGCCCCUUGAAGCAGAUUCCUCAUUUCUCGCCCGAGGUUGUCAAGGUGGCGAACGACUUUGGGUACGUACCUUUCACCAAUUUUGAUCUCGCAGCUACUAACGAUAUGGUUUACAGAAUCAAGGAUAUCUUCGAUUUCAUGGAGGCCAUGAACCCCGAGGAGAACCCGCAGUACGGUGCUCUCGUCAAGGGACUCAACCUAUCUCAGGGACAAUUGGCACAGGCUGCAAACUUCACAAACAGCAAGUACCCCGACAUCUCUCUGGAGUUCGAGGUUGAGGACGAGGACAGCAUCACCGCGGGUGAACCAUCGUACCUCAAGAUCAAGAUCGAGCGGGAGGUGGAUGAGGAUGAAGAGUUCGACCCUACAGUGCACGCGCCGUUCUACCCGGUGAAGAAGAUGGAGAACUGGUGGCUUGUCGUUGGUGACGAGGCCACUAAAUCGCUUCUGGCGAUCAAGAGAGUGACGGUCGGCCGCAACCUGAACGUGCGGCUCGAGUUUACGGUGCCUACGCCAGGAGAACACGAGUUGAAGCUCUUCCUCAUGAGCGACAGCUACGUCGGAGUGGACCAGGAGCCGACCUUCUCGGUCAAGGUGGCAGAGGGCAUGGACGAGGACGAGUCAGAGGAGGAGAGCGAGUAA